AUGCAAUUCAACCCAGUCCGAAUGUAUGUCGAUUUUGAAAAGGCUAUACAUACUGCUGCAAAUGUUGUCUGGCCUUCUAUUCAAAAAAAAAAACUAAUAACAUACUUUGAAGAAACUUACGUACUUGGAAAAAUUGAUAUUUGGUCAGUUUACAAUCGUGUUCGAUUAGAACAUUCGAGAACAACUAAUACAGCUGAAUCGUGGCAAAGAAAAUUAAAUCGACUUACAUCUCCUCAUCCAGGACUUCACAAAUUUAUUACAAUUGUACAAAAAAUUCAAGCUGAAACAGAAUCACGGAUUAAAAUGUUAAUAUCUGGUGAUCAAAUAAACGAAAUUGUAUAG